UCGGACGCCAAGGAGUGCUUUGUGGGAAAAUUCUAUGAAAUGAUUCCGAAAAAAGGAGGGAGAGCGCAAAACUUCUAAGGCGUUUUAUCCGUUCCAUUACUCUACUUGUGGAUAUUUUUUAACGGAAUGCUCUCUCCUUACAGGAGUUGCUCCUUCUAAUGCCCAGGCAAUAACAGACUUAAGUUACUGGGGUAGUGACACCUGCCCGCAAAAACGGGUCGUGUAGUGAACCGCCUCAUUACCUGACUAUCUUAAGGCCAGCCGAGGCUCUUUGCUAACUUAAGGAAACUUUUAAUAUUUAGAUUUGAAUGAACUAGAACAAAUAUCAGUCGCAAAGGACCAGGAAAGAAAGCGAAGGACUCACUGACACGCAAGGUGUUCAUCACUCAUGGCACAGUCACACCCUCUACUUCUCCUCCACCUCCUAUUCCUCCUGCUCUCCGCCACACCCAGCUCACCCCAGAAGCCUCUAUGGCCUAUGCAACGUGUGCCGGUGGUCCUGCCUCAGCAGACGGAGGAUCGCCCACCCCCCCAUUUUCUGUCCCCAGCCCAGCUAGAGGUGCUGUCUAAUUGUGGCCCCGAGUGCCACAAGCAAGCUCCUGUGCCCAGCUACUGGGACCUACGAAGUUUCCUGUCCUACGAGACACUCUAUUCCGACGGCCGGCUCACCGAGACCUCGGUUGGGAUCUACGGCUUUAACCCGGCAAGCCUCCAUACUUCCGUUUCACAGCCCACCGGUCGCUCCAGAGCCAAACGACAGAUCUUCGGCCACGAUGGCCGCUUCAGCAUCGUGGGACGAGACUUUUUGCUGAACUACCCCUUUUCAACAGCAGUAAAGCUCUCCACCGGCUGUUCCGGAACUUUGGUGGGCGACAAACACGUGCUGACGGCUGCCCACUGCGUACACGACGGCAAGAAUUAUGUUAAGGGCUCCCAGAGGCUGAGAGUAGGCUUCUUGAAGCCACAGCAACGAGAUGCACCAACCACCACCAAUAGUACUAAAGGCGUCCCAGCUGACAAGAUGAAGUUCCAGUGGAUCCGAGUGAAGCGUACCCACGUCCCUAAAGGUUGGAUCAAGGGCACAACUAACGACAUCGGCAUGGAUUACGACUACGCCUUGCUGGAGCUGAAGAAGCCCCACAAGCGGAAGCACAUGAAGCUAGGGGUCAGCCCUUCAUCCACCAAGUUGCCGGGCCGCCGCGUCCAGUUCUCAGGCUUCGACAAUGACCGCCCAGGCCAGUUGGUCUACCGUUUCUGUAAAGCCAACGACGAGACGUAUGACCUGCUCUACCAGCACUGUGAUGCUCAACCAGGUGCCAGCGGCUCAGGGGUCUACGUCCGCAUGUGGGACCGCCGGCGUCGACGCUGGGAACGCAAAGUGAUCGGCGUCUUCUCUGGGCACCAGUGGGUGGACCGAAACGGUAUCCCUCAGGAGUUUAACGUGGCAGUACGUGUCACUCCUCUCAAAUACGCCCAGAUCUGCUACUGGAUCAAAGGCAAUUAUGUGGACUGUAGGGAAGGAUAAGGCAUUUUUUGAAUAUAGAUGGUCGUUCUUGGUUGUCAUACAUGAGGCAAUGAAUUUUCAAUUUACAUCCAUUAAAUAGUAAAAAAAAAGGCACUGUAUGUGGGUUGUUAGUAAUAAUCGGUUAAUUAUACAAUAACAGGGGAGGAAAAUUUAACCACUAUGAAGAUAAUAUGGCACUGAUUUCAAUGCUAAUUUGCUAAGAGGUGCAAUAUGGGAGAAUGCUAUCCAGCCAUGCAAAUUUAUGCAGGAAUGCAUCUUGUGCUUAUGCAUCUUGGCUAGAGAUAAAGUAAAAACAAAGGUCACAAUGGACAUUUGAUAUGAAUUAGGAUCUAUGGUUAGAUUACAUUCAUGCUUAUUUCACUCAAACACUGGGUGCCCCGAAACACUUUCAGAAUUCCUGCAAUCAUGCACUCAUAUAUAUUCUAUUAACGUUUGCACAAAUGCAAUGUCACAAACAUAAUGUAGAUAUUUGUCCUGCUAUAUUCAUAGUUAAACAUCCGCACUAUGCUUUAGCACGCUGAAACAAGUUUUGCUCCGUUGUACUCGGCUAUCAAAGAAAUGUCUAUCAGUCAACUCAGCCUAUAGGAUUCCAUGGGCCCCCAAUGGGUAAAUUCUACUGUUUUGCUCUUGUAACAGAAAAUGACUUGUACAUUCAGGCACAUAGUAAUCUGGCAGACACAAGAGACUGUUCUGUGUUUUUUUCUCAGCGUACAUAACAAACCACUGAGGGCGAGUCCCAGUGCCCUGGGUAGACCGUGGCUUUUACCCUGCUUAGUGUAGCUCUUAACCCAUACAAUCCUACCAUGAAUAACUCACUUUAAUGACCGCGAGCUAUCUAUACCUGUGGACAUGUACGAGAGCUGGCACUGAUGUAUUUCCGUGGGCACAAGAUUUUUCUUAACUUUUUAUGUAAUAAUGAACAACUGUUCAAUGACCAAAGGUGCUUUUAUGCUACUUGUAGUGAGAAGAGAUCCCAGAAAAACAAUAAUAGUAAAAGAAACAAUAUUCUAAAGCAAUUUUGGCAUGUGUGUAUGGGAGUGGUGCUGACAUGGAGUGUUUCUUGUCGCUUUGCUCCCCCCUGUGGCCCGAGAAAACAUUUGAGGACCACCCUGCACUGUUUUAUUUAACUUUGUUGGUGCUUUAUAGCGACUUGCAGAGAGAGUUGGUUGGGCACUUUCGGUUCCCUAAAUAUGUGUUUAUCGAAACCAAUGUAAACACAUUAAGUGGCAUGAAGUAGUUUCCCUUAUACCAAAGCUUUG